AUGCUAGAGCUGCGCACGGUGCUCGGCGCCGUAAUUGCCGCUCUCACGUCGCUUACGCUCAACGUCAAUGCCCAAUGCCCACCGGUAAGCGGACCGUGCCGAUGUGCCCCGUCCAUUUAUGAACCGGUGGCUAUCAUCUGUGAAAAUGCCGGCAGUCUAAACAAUGCACUACAGGCGAUUCAGUCGGCCAGAAACACUUCCAUCGAUUCCCUUAUGAUCAUCGACACUGCUAUUUCUAGUCUUCCAGCGAACGCAUUCCAGGGCUUUACCAUUCUGCGGUUGGUUCUGAACCGUAACACACUGCAGUUUAUUGAUGAUCAAGCAUUCAACGGUCCACUGCUGGACUCUUUGGUUGAACUUGAUCUGAAUGAUAACAAUCUUGGCCAAAUCCCUCAGAUGGGUCUUACACGCCUUCGAAAUUUACGAAAGCUCUAUUUGAAUCGAAAUCGCAUCAACACACUGUCGUCGAAUGCGUUUGCCGGUUAUGAAAGCAAGGAUCUGAUCAUCAAACUAUCUUUGGCCGGCAAUCGAUUAACUGAUCAAUCACUCACUGACACCGCCGUCUUCCGACCCCUACGGCUGCUGCAGGAGCUUUCCCUUGAGACGAAUGCGUUGACUGCGAUUCCGUCGGCGGCCCUGGUGAAUCAGCGUGGCACCCUAACGAACCUCAACCUUGGUCUGAACAACAUCAAUGAGGUACCAGUCGGCGCUUUGGACUUUCCCAAUCUUACUUCACUGUCACUCGAAUUCAAUGGAAUCACUGUCAUACCACCACAAUCCUUUCAGGGUGUUCCCAAUCUACAGUAUCUCUACCUCACUGGUAACAAAUUUCCAUCAUGGGCACCGGAAAUGUUCCGCUACAUCACUCAGUUGAGAACGCUAGGUAUCGGUGAGACCCCGAUCUCUGUCAUUCCGAACAAUGCUUUUAUGCACAUUCCGAAUCUGAUUCGUUUGGAAAUGUCUGAAGCGGCGAUUGACACAAUCGAACGAGGUGCCUUCCAACGAACCCCUCAAAUUCAGGCGAUUGUACUGAAUAAGAAUCGUCUUUCACAAAUUCGCGCUGACUUCUUCGAAGGACUUAAUGACCUAUACUCGGUGGAUGUACAGGGUAAUCGUAUCGAAAAUGUACAACCACUUGGAUUCGCCAAUCUGCCAUCACUCACACAUCUUGAUAUCAGCUACAAUCAACUUCAAACACUGCCCGAAAAUGUCUUCACGAACUCAUUCUUGCCUCGACCAAAUGAUAGACGAGUGAUUUACUGCUGUGGAAAUCCAUGGUUCUGUAACAACGACUUGCUGUGGUUCCGUCAGUUACUUCGUGAUAAUCUCGAUAUUGACAUAGAGAAGCCCGGAUGCCUAGCUACAUGUGCUGCAUCACCGACCGGUUGUCCAGCAGAAGGCACUCCAUUACGGGCGGUCGACUUUUGUUUGGAAAAUGAGGAACCGCAGCCACUCACUGGAAGAGCACUAUCAUUAGUUGGAUGGAUUAUAUUAGCGAUUAUUAUGACGAUUCUCCUCAUAUCGAUCUGUCUGCUCGCUAUGGUUCGGUACGGUAUGAGUCAUCGUCGGAAAAAGCAGAAGGACCAAGAGAUCGAGGAUGACGCUCGAAUGAUGUCCUCUGCAGCAUCGAUCUAUGGCGGCGGCGGAAUAUCAGCUAUAGAUCGUCCGUAUUCAACUCUACCACCAGUGAAUCUCGAUCUGCCAGCCGCUCAUACCCUCGAUGAUCGGCCAAACAACUACUUCUACUGA